GAUCAAUAAAUGAUUUGCUAUAAAGAUGAACUCCAAAGACCUAAUUAAAGUGAAUGUUCUAGCAUAUUCCGUUCUCCCCAGGUCUGGUUCCAGAACCGUCGAGCCAAGUGGAAGAAGAGAAAGAAGAGCACCAACGUGUUCCGCUCCCCCGGCGCGCUGCUGCCCUCCCACGGGCUACCACCCUUCGGGGGGGACGUGUGCAGCCCCGGGGUCUUCGAUCGGCCCUGGUCUAUGCCAGCUGGUCUAGGGCAGCUGUCGCAGGGCGGCGUGGCGAUGGGCGGCUUCGGGUCGCAGCUGCCGCUCGGCGCCGACCUGAACCCCGCGCUGCCCAUCAGCUCCACCGCCUCGCAGUCCUACCAGACGCACUACCCGCUCAACUCGCUUGGAGACACAAUGAUGUCGUACUGCAACAACAUGGGGCAGCAGGGUGCGCUCGAGGGCUCGCCCACCCCGCCGCAGCACUGCGCCGCCUCGCCCGCCGCCUCCGGCACGGGCGGCGAGGCGGGCGAGGAGGAGGUGUGGCGCGGGCACAGCAUCGCGGCGCUGCGGCGGCGCGCCUCCGAGCUGUCCGCCGCCAUCCCGCCUUACCUGCAGCUCAACUACGACGCGCACAGCCCCGUGUACUAGCCGCGCGGGCACUGCCCGCAGGUACUG